CAUAAAAAAGAUUCUCCUGGCUUUGACACAUUGUUGGUCUUAUCCAGACAGUGUCUGGAUGUGCCAGCUGUUUUCCAGCUUUCUAAGUAUAUUGUUACUAAAUGUUAUAAAAACAUAUAUAGAAUUGUGUAGUAUUUUGCCCAGCAGAACAUGAUGAGUUUUAAAUUGUAUAUUUAUCAUUCCUGCAUUUUUCCAAAUCAUCUCAUACAUCUGAGUAAAACUCUGAUUGGCCUGAUUAUUUUAUUAUUUAUUUAACAUACAGUUGUGUAGAACAUCAAACUCUACAACAACAAACAAGGUAGAAUAUUUACUGUAAAAAAUCAAUAAAGCAUCAUUGGGGUUUUGUUUGAUAUUCCUGUUGGAGGUGUAGGAUGGUUUGGGUGCUGGUAUGUGUGAAUAUUAUGGACACAGGGGGAUGAGGUGAUGCCCCAUGGUAGGAAACCUUUUUGGUGUGGUACUGUUUUUGAUCGAGCAUGUUGUUUCUCUCUCUAUUUCACAGUCAAAAAUGUGGCAGUUUAGCAACUUUUGUGCAUCCACCAGUAAAACCCGUUCAACUUCAUUCUUUAUAUGUUUAGUAAAACAUACCUGACAAAAAACAGAUUUCCUUGUGCCGGAGUAUUUAAGCAAUAGUGCUGAUAUUACGGUGGAGCUCUCAGCAGGAUGGCGUCGCUCACGCUGCAGCUGCUCAGCCUGAUGCUCAUGGUCUCAGCUGCGACUGCUUGGUACUACAGGUACUAUGGAGGCUCAGUGACCUUCACUUCUACUGGACGACAAUCGGACGGGACCUUUGAGGUGGAGUUUCGUGACAGACAAGCUUCCCCCUCCUGCUACCAGAACAGGUACACUUGUUACUAUGGCGACUGUGGAUGGCAGACCCAGAGUUCCAGCUCAUUCAUCGCCUACAACUACAACUACGAUUACUGGUGCCAGAACGAGCUAAAGACGGUGAGAAAGCUCAGCAGCAACCGCCCCUUUGCCAUCAGGUAUCCCACUUACUAUGAUUACUGGAAUGGCUUUGGAUACUGGAUGUAUAACAUCAGAAGCAAUGAAGCUCCUAUAGAGAUGAUGGCACAUGUGGACCUGGGAACCCGCUCUGAUACUGGACAACCUAACAACCCUCCUGUCUCUUCCACGCUUCCUGUCUUAAGAAUUCCAAGGAACUGCCCUCGAUCCAUAAACCUGACAGUGUUUGACCCUGAUGGCGACCGGUUCCGAUGCAGAGUACCGACAGAUCCUAGCACAUAUGAGUGUGGGCUGUGUGGUCUGCCCCCUGAGUUCACUGUAGACCAGAAAGCCUGCUCUGUAACAUAUCAGCCUGACUACAGUUACUAUUAUUACUACAACUACUUUCCCAUUGAGCUGGUGCUGGAGGAUUUUCCACACCGUCACAUUUCACUGUCUUAUUCUGAUGGAUCCUACACAUUAAAGGAACCGUUAUCACUGCAUAGGCACAAACGUCAAGCUACAACCACAGAAGCUCCAACAACAACCACAGAAGCUACAACAACAACCAUAGAAAUGCCAACAACAAUAACCACUGAUCCAUGGUUCAACACAGCCGAACCUGCUACAGGCAGUUACCAACCAUCAAUUCCUGCUUUAAGCAAAGUCCCGCUGCAGUUUAUGGUUUAUAUUGACGCAGACGUCCCUUCCUGCCUUGAAGGUGAUUACAUCCCCAUCUUCUCGUCUCCAACUCCGUAUAAUGGAGCGACUCUUCCUGCAUAUGUCAACCGCACCCUGACCAUCAAAGUCAGAUCCUCAGCACAGUACAGCAUAAUUAAUGACCUGAUCACCACUGGACCUAGCGGCAUUUCAAAGCAGAGAAUCUCAACAGAGGAGUUUCACCUCACAUGGACUCCAACAGAUCAAAACCUCAAUCACAAUAUUCCUAUCUGCUUUGUGUCUCAAGCUUACUACAACUACUACUACUGGUACUGGUACUACUACUACCAAGCUGUUUACUCUGAGCUGCGCUGUGUGGUUGCCAACGUUGCACAUCAUGAGGCCAAAGUGACAUGCACUGAAACAGCCAUAAAGGUGGAGGUGGAGAAGGACAACCUCAUCAGACGCAACGAGAACAAGCUGCAUCUGUUCGGCUUCACAGAUCCUUCUUGUAACCUGGCAGCUCUCUCCAACUCCACCCACCUGGUCGCUGAAAUCUCUCUGAACGCUUGUGGAACCCUCAUAGAGGAGGAUGAGACAAACAUCAUCUUCAGGAACGCAAUCACAGCUGCUGACCGACGUGCAGUGAUUUCCAGGAACAAUGAUUUGGAGUUAGCCUUUCAGUGCGUUUAUCCCAAGACAAGCAACCUGACCCUAGAGUUCAGGCACAAGAACCCCUACGCCUUCACAGACCAAGGCUUCGGCACCUUCAGCUUCCAGUUUGAGUUCUUCGAGAGCCAGAGGUUCCUCAGACUAAUAAACGACAGCAGAUACCCAGUGGAGGUGGACGUCGGGCAGAUGAUGUUCAUGCAGAUCGAGGCGGCGACCUCCAUCCCCAACGUAGAGUUGUUUGUGGAGUCCUGCAGGGCGACUCCCUAUGACAACCCCAACUCUCGCAUCAGCUACACCAUCAUUAAAAACGGGUGUGUGAGGGACAAAACAGUGACGACGUAUUCUGGCUCCAACCUGCAGUUCAGGUUUGGAAUGGAGGCAUUUGAAUUCAUUGGAGCUCAGCCAGAGGUCUACAUCACCUGCUCAGUCAUCCUGUGUGUGAGGGGGGUCCCUGGAACCAGGUGCUCUCAGGGAUGCAUCCGACCUCGCCAUCGUGGUAAAAGGGAGUCUGCAGCCCAGAGUGAGAGACAAAUAAUUUCCCAGGGUCCUCUGCGUCUGGCUAGAGCUGCUGACAGUCCAGCAUCUGGCCUCAGCAUGAAUCUUGGCUUGAACCUAGUUUUCAUUGUUGGUGUCCUCCUGGUCUGUGGAGUCAUGGUCUACAGAGCAAAGAGGUCCAAAUCCAAAUACCAACUCCUGCCAACAUCCGACUCUCACUGAACAUGGAAAAGCUUCUUUCCUUUAUCUCUAAACUAUGACCAAAGAAUCUGUAAGCGUAAUCAGAAGUGUCACCUUCAAUUAAAUAUUUUCUGCUCUUACUGAAACUGUGUUGCUGCUUAAAGGGUACAAUAACUGAAUAACUAAGUAUGUGCUGUUACUGUGCAGCUACAUAUCUAUAACCUGUGUUUUAUGGGUGUAAACUCUACUUUAACAUUAAAGAUUUGCCUAAUAGAAUUAAUGGUUAAGAUGCAGUAGUUUGGUUAAACUACCUUCCCCUGUGUGACUUUGUAUUUAGACCUUUGGUUCUUCUUGAUCCAAACUUUAAUUACAGUAUAUGAUAUAUAUAAUACACGGUGUUAGAACACUUUGAUUCAAAUAAAUUUUCAAAUAAACAUUAAAAAAAUGUGAUUUUCGGUUCUUCCAAUAAAGGAUAUGGAAGCAGUGUUGUGAG